GCGCAGCAAGAGAGCAUGGGGGCGGGGCUAGAUGCGCACGCGCACAGCGCCUCCCGGGAAAUGGGCGCGCUCGUGGCGUGGGGUCGGGGCGUGGGUGGCUGGCGGCUGGCGCUGGGAGCCCGCUUGCCGCCCUGGGACGCAGGCUUCUGCACUGAGCCCGGGCUUCAGUCGUGGCGCGGCGGCGACCGCGAGGCGCUGCUGCUCGAGCUGCGGGCCGCCGUGGUGGAGCACAGAGGACCUCUGGUGACGCUGAACAAGCCGCAGGGUCUGCCGGUGACAGGAAAACCUGGAGAGCUGACGUUGCUCUCCGUGUUGCCAGACCUGAGCCAGUCCCUGGGUUGUCCGAGCCUCCAGGUGAUCCGAGCGCCGGGGAAGGAGACUUCUGGGCUUGUGCUCCUUUCCACUUGUCCCCAGACAGCGAGCCGUCUCCAGAAGUUCUUCAUCCGCUCGAGGAGAGCCCACAGGCCCACAGCCACAUACUGGGCGGUUACCAAUGGGAUCCCGGAUGCUUCUGAGGGGCAGAUCCUCGCAGCGCUGACACUGCAGCACAUUGGUGGUGUCAGUGUCGUGAUUCCGGUGAAGUGCCCAUCUCGAAGGGACCUCUUGGAGGGUGUCAAGAGGACCCUCAGCCACUUCCGUGUAAUGGCCACAGGCUCUGGCUGUGCCCUGAUCCAGCUGCAGCCCCUCACAUUGUUCCCCAGUCAGCUGCAGGUACACAUGAUGCUGCAGCUCUGCCCUGUGCUUGGGGACCACACCUAUUCUGCUCGAGCGGGCACUGUCCUGGGCCAGCGCUUUCUGUUGUCUGCUGAGAACACUAAGCCUCAAAGACAGGCCCUGGAUGAUGCCCUCCUCAGACGCCUCCACCUGACCCCUGCCCAGGCCGCACAGCUGCCCUUGCACCUGCACCUGCACCAGCUGCUCCUCCCCGGCAGCAGGCCUGCCGAUGCACCCAUCGAGCUGCGGGCACCCCUGCCUCGGUAUUUCUCCAGGACCCUGCAGUGUCUGGGGCUCUGCCAGCAGUAGUCCCCUCUGUGUUGCCCCCAGAAAGCAGGGGAUGGAGGCCUCUGGCCAGGCCCAAAGGAUGGGGUCACUGUCAGCUGCUGUAAGGCCAUGGCUUACGUCCCAGAUAUGUGUCUAGGCAAAUCUGAGAACAGGUUUUGGGAUGUCAGGUGGGUGACUGCUCUGUGGACUUGAAAUAAUAAAAGGUUCUAACCUCA